AUGCGCCCUCUCGACUCAACCAAAGUCUCUGCAGGGGUUCCUAUCGAGAUCUCGGCGUGGUACAGAACAUCCUCGGUAUCUUCAGUAAAUGGUUGCACAGCUGCACUGAUCGCAUGCACGUACGGCGGAACAUCAGGUGUCCUGAUCCUGCAGUCGUUCCCGGCAGCGACCGCGCUCAACACAUGGGUCCAAAACAAGGCCACUUGCACGUACACCGCGGACCAGUUGGCUCGGAGCGGUGGUGCGCAGGUUCUCAUCGGCUGGAAUUGCAAAGAUGGCGCCACUGCAUGGGUUGACACGGUCAGCGUUGGGGCAGCACCGGUUUAA